AUGGAUUCCCCGAGACCUGAAGAAGAGGAUGAGGAUGACACGGACUGGAUGUCCCGGGAGGAGCAGGAGGAACGUACAGGCAUUCCUGUGCACCAGAAAGGAGCUUCGUUUUGCAGACCAGUGACGAGAUCUGACGCCUCCAGACGGGUGACCGUCCACCUCGACAUGGAUUGCUUCUACGCCCAAGUGGAGAUGAUCAGGAACCCGGAGCUGAAGGACAAACCUUUGGGCGUCCAGCAGAAAUACCUUCUCGUCACCUGUAACUAUGUAGCCAGGAAGUGUGGAGUCAACAAGUGCAUGUCCCUCAAAGAGGCCAAAGAGAAAUGUCCACAGCUGGUGCUGGUGAGCGGGGAGGACCUGACACACUACAGAGAGACGUCCUACAGGGUUACAGAGCUGCUGGAAGAAUUCAGUCCGAAGGUUGAGCGGUUGGGUUUUGAUGAAAACUUUGUUGAUAUCACAGAGCUGGUGGAUAAGAAGACACAGGAGCCUCAGAAUGACGGCAGCCUAGAAGUGUCUGGACAUGUGUACAAUAAUCAGAUGGUAAAUGGCAGCGACUGGACUCACAGACGAUUGGUUGCUGGCUCUCACAUCGCCGCUGAUAUCCGGGCAGCCGUGCACAGCAGACUGGGUCUCACAAGCUGUGCUGGGAUAGCCUGUAAUAAGGUUCUCUCUAAGCUGGUAGCAGGGACCUUUAAACCAAACCAACAAACUGUUCUGUUUCCUGAGAGCAGCAGCCACUUGAUCAACAGCCUGAACCACGUGCAGCGAAUUCCAGGUAUUGGCCACAAAACCGCCCAGCGCCUUGAAGGUUUAGGGUUGUCCAGCAUAUGUGCCCUUCAGUCCUGUCCUGUCACUGUGCUUGAAAAGGAGUUCGGGUCCCCGACAGCUUAUCGUCUCCAGCAACUCAGCCGAGGUGAAGAUGAUUCCCCGGUGACACCAUCUGGUCCUCCUCAGUCUCUCAGUGAAGAAGAUUCAUUUAAAAAAUGUUCCACAUUAACAGACGUGAAGCUAAAGAUCGAGGAGCUGCUCAGAAGCCUUUUAAAUAGAGUGUAUGUGGAUGGAAGGAGUCCUCAGACCCUGCGUCUCACCCUACGACAGUCCUCACCCACCAACAGAUAUUUCAAUCGGGAAAGUCGUCAGUGUCCUAUCCCGAAGAACGUCAUUCAGAAUCCGAGCAGCGAGAGCUCGUUCUCUGUUCUGAUGGAACUACUUAUGAAGCUGUUUGAGAAGAUGAUUGAUGCUAAGACACCCUUUCACCUCACCCUUCUCAAUGUCUGCUUUUCCAACCUCAAGUCUGCUCAGACCUCAAACUCAUCUCGAAAUUCAAUAGGAUUUUACCUAACUCAAAAGAAAGCUCCAUCAAUGGAGGCCAGUCAGAUCAGCAAGGACCCUGGAGCAACGGCAGAGGAUCUUAAAGAUACAGAACCUUGUUCAAACCUCUGUUCACUGGAAUCGGAUCACCCUGCUUCCCUAUCUCUCCCUGACCACAUAGACAUGGACGUGUUCAGUCAGCUACCUGAUGACAUUAAAAAGGAAAUCCUCUCAAGCCCACGAACUGGAACAGUGCAAAAAAGCAGCAAGGCCACACAACCAUCGCCGUGUUCUAAAGGAAUACAGAGUUUCUUUAUGAAAGCCAACGCUAGACAUCUACAAAGUUCUUUUACAGCUGGAAGUUCUUCUGGAUCUGAAAUGUCAACGCCAGGUCUACAUAACAAGAUGGACUCCAGUGGUGCAUCACUUUCCAUAGGGCGCAGCUCAUUUACAGGCACUCAAAGUGCAAUAAGUGGUGAUAAGACCGCUUGCGCCGGUUCGUCCUCUUGCAUUUCAGACAGCAACCAAAUUAGUCGUUGUCACGACACAGACAUGGACUGUGCGGAAUCCAGUGACAGCAGCAGAGUUUCCUUUUUUCCUAGAAGUGUGGAUAUGAAUGUGUUUUCUCAGUUGCCAGAGGAGCUACAGAAAGAACUAAUGGCUGACUGGAAGCACAAAGAACUCGCUCCCAAAAUUCCUGCCAUGAAAUCUCAGGAGAAAGCAAAGAACACCAAAGGUCAAAGGCCAAGCUCUUCAGCAAAGAAGGACUUGAACAACCUGCUAAAGUAUUUUAAACCUGGUUGA